AUGGCCACUAAAACCCCUCACAUUCCCCACAUCCAUCUACUCUGCAUGGAGGAACAAUUCAGCGACGCUUUCAACGUCGCCCGCAAGAGCCGCAAGCUUCCAGACUCAAUCUCAAUCAAUAUUCACAACUGUGCUCUCUCACAGCUCUCGAGCACAGUCAAAUUUGACACCGUCGUCUCACCCGCCAAUUCCUACGGUCGGCUCGAUGGUGCUUUCGACGACGCUAUAUCUCGACAGUUCUCACCCCGCGAUGAUUACCAUGCCCUCACCGGCGUUGCGCAAGCUCAACUUUAUAAAACAUGGCGUGGUUUCGCACCACCAGGGACGUGUACUUUGGUAGAAAUCCCAAAGGAAUUCGAUGGCAGAUCGCAUAAUGGCUUUGGUACACGUCGUGUUGCUAUUUGUCCGACGAUGCGUAUGCCUGCUGACGUCAGAUGGAAUAAAGAAGUUGUCUAUGAGUGUAUCUGGAGCUUGCUCUGUGCCAUUGACAAUCACAAUCGCGAAGCCUCUGAACAAGACCAGAUUGAGAGUGUUCUUAUGACCCCGUUAGCAACAGGUGUAGGAAGAUUGAGCCCGGAGAAGUGGGCGUUACAGACUGUUCUUGCUAUGAAGCAUUUCGUGGAGGCGUCUGAGAAUCCGGAGAAAUGGAGUUCUUUGCAGUGGGCUGAUCUCGGGAAAACUUGUGCUGAGACGCAGUUGACCUGGACAAAAUAG